UGUAGCUACCUGAGAUAAUGAUGCCUCUUUGAGUUCGAAGAAGCUCAAAUGACUCUUAAAGACAUAGGAAAAUGUACUGAAAUCUGCUACAAGGAUACAGUGUUGGAAGAUCGGCAGUGGAGUGCUUACAUUGAUCGAUCUCCAGGGCAGGAUGGUUACUCUUUGGAGUGCUUCAAUGCUUGUGUGUCUGGCUGUGGAUUCAGGUUUGAGGUCCCAACAGAGAAGGUUGAAGAGAUCAAGCCCAACAGGCCAUCCAAGCCGUCGCCACCACCUGAAGUGAAGCAAACUAUGAGUCCACCAGAUUCCACUGUGGGGAGCCGUGUAGACGUGCAAAUGUUCCCUGUUUGA